AUGAAACUAAUUCCCCUGUUAGUGUGUUUGAUAGUUCAUGCACUAUGUGAGGAAGAUUACUAUAAGAUGUUAGGUGUAGAAAGGGAUGCCGAUGAUCGAACUAUCAGAAAGGCAUUCAAAAAAGUAGCUUUACUUAAGCAUCCUGAUAAAAAUAAGGAUGACCCAUCCGCUCAUGCUGAAUUUGUGAAAAUUAAUAAAGCUUAUGAAGUAUUGAAAGAUGAGGAACUUCGAAAAAAAUAUGAUCAGUUCGGAGAAAAAGGACUUGAAGACGGAUUCCAGGGCGGCAAUAACUAUCAGAGUUGGCAGUUUUACAAUGAUAACUUCGGCAUUUAUGAUGAUGAUCAAGAAAUUGUUACUUUGAACAGAGCCGAUUUUCAAAGAUUAGUCACUGAUUCUGAUGACAUAUGGUUUAUCAACUUUUACUCAACUUACUGUUCCCAUUGCCAUCAACUUGCUCCUACUUGGAGAAAGUUUGCUUCUGAAAUGGAAGGAGCGAUCAGAAUAGGAGCUGUAAACUGUGCUGAAGAUCCUAUGCUUUGUCAAUCACAACGUGUUGGAGCUUAUCCUUCUUUAGUUUUUUAUCCAACGGGAGAAUUUUACAAUGGAGCCAGGGAAGUAGAUAAUCUGGUGGACUUCGUGAUGACUCGGCUAAAAUCAGAAGUUCUCCAUUUGGAUAACGACAACUUCGAAGCCCUUAGUCAUGAUUGGGAACCUUAUAACUCGAGACCAUGGGUGAUCGACUUCUGCGAUGAAAUGGAAGCUUGUUUGACUGGAAACAACAGGAGAAAGUUAGCAGCGAUGCUCGACAGCCUUGUAAAUGUUGGAACCAUUGACUGCACUAGAGAAGGAGGAUCCAAAAAGUUAUGUGAUGAGCUCGGGAAACUGGAUGGUAUAGCUUUCUAUCCUGCUGGACGAAUAAACAAAGGAGAAGAGAUUGUAUUGGAAUCAUUAGAUCCUCGUGAAAUCACUGAAAAGUGUGUUGGGCUUCUGGAUGGUUUAGAUGAGAUUGAAGAAAAAGAACUAGACGAGCUUUUCGUUGCCACAGAAUCAGAGUUCGCCACUGCUGCUUGGUUCAUUAAAGACAAAAAUACCUUGAAUGAAUACAAAGAUUAUCGUCGCCUACCAGGAAUGAUCAACGAUAUAAAAAUUGGAUAUGUUGACUGUUCUUCUAAUCCUGAAGUGUGUAAUCAUCAUUUGGAUGAAUCCAAACUACCCCAGUUCGUUGUUUUUAAACCAACGGGAGGAUUCGAAAUUGAUUACGUUAAUAAGAAAGGAUUCCGAGAUGUUGCAGUCUUCAUUAAAGAGUCUGCUGUUUCUCCUCUUCAUGCAUUGGAUGAGCACAAGUAUUACGAAGCGGUAAAUAAUAAAGAAAUGUGGAUAGUGGAUUAUUUUGCACCUUGGUGUCCACCAUGCAUGCGCUUAAUGGGGGAGUAUCGUCGUUUUCAUGCAACAGUCGAUCAAUCUGAUGAAAACAUCGCCAAAGUUAAUAUCGGAUCAGUGGAUUGCCAGAAAUAUCGCGAUAUUUGCCAAAACGCUGGAGUUCAAAGUUAUCCAACAAGUAUCUUGUACACUAAUGACGGUAAGCAACACAGGAUGGUGGGCUUCCAUGGUGUUCAAGCAGUUGUUGACUUUAUUGAUAACGCACUCAAUCCUGCUGUUGAUGAGUUGACUCCUGAAAUUUUUACCGAAAUUGUAACUAACAGAGCGGACGAUGAAACAUGGGUAGUCGACUUCUUCGCUCCUUGGUGUGGACCCUGCCAACAGUUGGCUCCCGAACUUCAGAAAGCAGCAAGAAAUCUUAGAGCUUAUGAUUCUCGCGUGAAGAUAGGAUCUGUUGACUGCCAAGCUCAUUCUGAGUUCUGUAGAAAGCAAAUGGUCGCAUCAUAUCCACUGAUACGGCUGUAUCCUGCAAAAUCAACGAAGAUCAAGAGAGCAGUUCAUUAUGAAUACCCUCAAAACAUGUGGAGAAAUGCUGAUUCUAUUGAACGUUGGGUGUUUGGCAUGCUUCCUUCCAUAGUUUCUAACUUAGGAAAUGAUUAUUGGACAACUGUUUUGGAUUCUGACGAACCGUGGAUGGUAGAUUUCUUUGCUCCUUGGUGUGGUCAUUGUGUUCAGUUUGCCCCCGUAUAUGAACAAAUCGCCAAGGAAUUGGAAGGAAAAGUGAAACUUGCUAAAGUUGAUUGUGACCAAUGGCCCGGCGUAUGUCAAGGUGCUCAAGUUCGUGCUUAUCCAACUGUUCGCUUAUACACUGGAAGAAAGAAUAAUGAACGUCAAAACGUUCACGGCAUAACGAUUCAAUCACAAGACAAAAAUAUGAUACUUAACAUAAUCUCUCAGCAACUACCAAAGAUUCGCGAUGAAUUAUAA